GACAUGGGAGCGAUAGCCGUAGGCCAUUCAGAUGUGAAAACUGCAAAGCCAGGUUCACUAGAAAGGAUGUGUGUAAACGACAUGCCGAAAGAUGCAGAGGCACUUUCAGCCGUGUGUUGACAGUCACCGGUAUCGAGAAUGGAGCGGAGCAACCGGCACCGGCCCUUGAAGAUACUACUCUUUCACCAGACGACCAAGAUGACUCGCCCUUUUCGACUGCUCAGGAGGGCAUCACAGCUGGUGUUGGUGAUGACACCGUCUACCCAAAUAGCCCACCAGAAGCUACAGAAGCGCCUAACCCGGAGGAGCUUCUGGUGGCGGAGAUUAUGAUGGGCGGGACAGAAGCCUACAUAUCAACGUAUUUUGAGAGUUUCCAUCCAUCAUUUCCACUCCUACAUCGACAGAGCCUAGGGAAUGAGCUAC